CCCUUAUAUAUACCCAAAAUUAAUGCACCAAACUCACACCACAAAACUUUGUCCUCAACUUCAUUAAUACUCACUACUAUACAGAAAUCUGUUGUGAUGGAGGGUGCGGUGGAGGGUGUGGUGGUGCGCGGCCGCGUUCAGAUCGAUACCCGGCAGCCUUUCCGGUCGGUUAAGGAGGCUGUCCUAAUGUUUGGGGAGAAGAUUUUGGCCCCAGAAAUUUAUGCCAAGCAAAUCAACACUCAGGUGCAUACAAAAGCAAGUGGGGAAGGAGAAAAGCAGACUGUGACAAAAUUCGGAGCAGUAAAAGCAGAGCUAGAAGAGACAAAGCAAGACCUACAAAAAGCCAAAGAAGAAGGAACCUUAAUGGCGCAUUGCCUUCAAUCUCUCAAGCAAGAGCUGGAACAAACAAAGAGAGAAAUCCAGCAGCUCAAGGCCGCAAGACAACACCGGAUAGCUGAUCCUGAGAUUGAAGAGCUCAAGUUUAUCGAGAAAGCGCCACCUAAACCCGAGGGCGAAGAAGAGGAUUUAGAUCAAUUAUUCGAGAGGAAGAGGUCAGUGAAGUUCGCUAGCCCUCCCGCGCUCACAAGGGUGAUUUUCACUAAAGAUGGCGAUUCUGGGAAGAUUAAUAAUAAUAAUAAUAAUAAUAAUAAUAAUAAUAAUAGCCCGUCUCAGGCGAAGAAGAAGAUGAAGAGGAGGCCUCUCAUCCCUCUCAUUGGAGCAUUGUUUACAAAGAAAAAGGGAAGCCAAUGAAAUAUUGUAUUGGUGGAUAUAUGGUGAUGAGAGGGAAGUGAAGCAAUUAAUAAAGUUAGUUGUUGUUUGUAUGUGUGAGGAGGCCGGACUUUAAUUCUAAUCCAAAGUGGAAGAAGCAUUUUGACGACUUGUAUGUUAUCAGUUUGGACAAGAAAAAUAAGAGAGAGUAAAUUCCAUUUCAUUUUAUGUUUAAUAGUAUUUUUAAUAUAGUUUUAAAUGUACAAAUUUUACACACAUUUGGGGAAUUAAAAACGCGUGUGUUAACUA